GGCAAGACGAAAUUUACGAUUGAGAACACGACGCGCACUUGCAUCGUGCUGGCGGAUACGCGAAUUCAUAUGCUAGGUUCCUUCCAGAACAUUCGGGUGGCGUGUGCUGGGGUGUUGUGCUCGCUCAUCCUCGGCUCUCCCGCCUCCAAGGUCUAUUCGAAGCUUCACUCGACGUGCGCACGCUUGAAUGAC